AUGUAUUCUCUCCUGCUCCUCAUCCCAGCACUCGGCGUGCUCGCUCUCCUUCUCCAGAACUUGGUCACGACUCUUCGCAACCGUAAGCUAGCAAAGGAAGCAGGAUGCCAGCCUCCUUGGAGAAGAAAGCAUCGUCUUCCGCUGGCCAUCGACUUUGUCCAAGAAAUGAAAGCGGCAGACAGCGAGAACAGGCUUCCCAAUUAUUUCCUCGAGAGGCGUAAAGAAUCGGGAAAAGACACUUGGAUUCAGCAAGUCCUCGGCACCGACAGCGUGAUUACUCAAGAACCUGAGAAUAUCAAGGCCAUCCUCGCAACUCAAUUCAAGGACUUCGAGCUUGGGCCCACGCGAAAGGGCUGCUUUGCGCCGAUGUUUGCCAAUGGCAUCUUUUCGGACGAUGGCACUAGAUGGGAACAUUCUCGAGCUCUCAUCCGGCCACAAUUUGCGAGAGAUCAAAUCACAGACUUGACGGCCCUCGAGCAGCAUGUCCAGAACCUGCUGCAAGCCGUCUCGUACAGGAUGGGCAAAGAAGGCUGGACUGACUAUACCGACCUCGCGCCGCUCUUCUUCCGCCUGACGAUGGACUCGGCAACGGAAUUCCUCUUUGGUCAAUCCGUUGGCUCACAAAUAGCAGCUCUUGAUGAAGAGCGCUUCGGCGAGAAACAACUCACUGAUGACGGGCUCACUUUCACACAAUUCGGCCCAGCCUUCGAUAGGGCAAUGUCAGCAAUCUCACAACGAUUUCGUCUGAACACACUGUACUGGCUACACAACACGAAAGCGUUGCGAGACUCCUGCGCUGAAGUUCACCGCUUCGCCGACCAUAUGGUCAAGCAAGCUCUCGAGGCUCCCACUGAGAAAGCAAUGGAGGACGGCAGCCAUAAAUACGUCUUCCUCCAGGAAUUAGUACGGGCUACUCGAGAUCCAAUCGAACUGCGCGACCAACUCCUCAACGUGCUCCUUGCUGGCCGCGACACUACUGCUGGGCUUCUGGGCUUCGUCUUCUAUCAACUAGCACAGCAUCCCGAAGUAUACAACAAACUGCGCACAGCUGUCCUCGCUGACUUCGGCUCUUAUUCCAAUCCUGCCAACAUGGACUUCACGGGCUUGAAAGCAUGCUCGUACUUACAGCAUGUUCUCAACGAAACUAUGCGCCUGCAUCCGUCCGUACCUUUCAACUCACGCCGCUCCACUCGCGAUACUACUAUUCCCCUGGGUGGUGGACCAGACCAAAAGUCUCCGGUGUUUAUCCCGAAGGGCAUGGAAGUCAAUUACAGCGUGCACAUUAUGCACCGCCGAAAGGACCUCUGGGGCGAAGACGCGGAAGCCUUCAGGCCAGAAAGAUGGCUAAACCGUAAAGCUGGCUGGGAAUUCCUGCCCUUUAACGGAGGACCGAGAAUCUGUCUGGGUCAGCAAUUCGCAAUCACGACUGCUGGCUACACGGUCGCGAGAAUUGUUCAACGCUUUGACAAGAUCGUGGAUCUGGUUCCGCAUACCGGCUUUGGUGAGGAGAGUGUUGUACGCACGAUUGUCCUUUCGGUGGGCAGCGGCACAGGCCUGCUAGAGCGCUUGCUUCAAGACUCGUUCGCGAACGUUGCUUGGGACGACGUCGCUGAUGAGGUAUGGGUCUUUGGUGUCGAGGUCACUGGACCCCCCUCCGCGACAGAUUCGCACACCUCAGACGGGGUCUCGGGAGCCUCCGUUGGGCUGAAUACUUACCUUCGAAGCCAAUUGAGGCUCACUGUUCGUGGCACGUGGGACGUGCUUGGGCCUGCGGACCUGCUCGAGAAGCUUGACGACGACCGUGCAGGGUAUGACUUCGAGAACGUGGUAGCGGAUAAUGGAAGCGAUACAGGUGUUGCUGACGAGCAUGUCAACGUUGUGCUAGCGUUCGUCUACCCACGCCAGCCAGCGCUACUGCGUCGCUAUGUGGAUACAUGGCAGCCCACGACUGCACUUGGCGAGUUCAAGAGGGGAACGCUCGUGAUGCUGAGAGGAAUGGUGUGGGCAGGUCCUCGCGCAGAUUGGGUAGACGAGUAUGAAGCUAUCUUCACUGGGCUUGAGCAGCAGUCAGACGACAAAGACAAGAAUUGGGAGAUCAAUGUUUCAUGGGGCGCCAUGGCAGGUGUGGCUGAAGGUGAGGGCGUCGCCAUUGCAAUGAAGGGUCCCCUCGAACAUUCGAUCGGUGAUGCUCUUCAAGGCUAG